AUGCUUAAACUAAAUUAACAGAUACUUAUAAGAAGUACCCAUGUGAAUUGUAACUAACCUUUCUAAUAAUUAAAUCAUCAGGACUCCUAUUCAAAAAUACAUAUAAUACCAAAUAAUAGAAAAAAAUCAUCAGAACAUAUACUUCAGAAAUAAAACAAUAAAGGUGAAAUUCAUUUUCAAGAUAGAAAGAAACAGAAUUCUAUUCCAGAUAUUUUAUAUCUCUAAUCCAACUUUAUAAAAUGUCAUACUCAUACUAAUAAUCAAAUAGAUAAUAAGGAUUAUGAAAUCUAAUCGAAAAAACAAAAGACAUUUCACAAUUAAGAUAUCUCUCCAAAAAGAAUAAGUUAAGAUGCAUCACCUUUAUAAAAUAUUGUUAUAAAUCGAAAAAGAAAUUGUGUUAGUGAAAAUAAAAAAGAAUUAUUCAAUGAGAAUGAAUUAUAAAAAAAACCUAAAUAAAAGGUUCAGAAUCAUUUACAGAUAUUUAAUUAGGAUUAUGAUUAACCAUCAAAUCGAAUAACAUUUUAAGCUUCAACCUAUAUAGAUGAUGGUAAACUAAUUCUAAAAUCAAUUGAGACUCCAGGUACAGCUUAGUUUAUGUAAUCAAAUAAAGAUGAUAAUUUUGUAUAUCUUAAUGAAAAUAUAUAAUAGAAUAUAGAAUAUGAUUGCUAUCCAGAAUAAUAAAUAUAAUAACGUAAGUUAUCUUGUUAAGAAGAUACUUUUAUGCCUGUUUAAAAAACAAUUCCAACAAAAAAACCCUACUUUUAAUCAAAAAAAGGGAAUUAAGAUCACUAUAGUAUAUUAGAGUGUAGAAAAAUCAUGACUAUUUUAGAUAAAUAGUAGGAUCGAAUAUUUGAAUCAAUUGGACUAAAUUCAAGUGAAAUACAACAUUCUCCAAGUAGUGAUGGAUUAAAUAAAACUCUAAAGUUUGAUGAUCAAAUCAAAAAAAAUUAAGAAUCUAGAUUUAUAUAAUAAUAAAAAUUGAUUUAAUCAAAGAGAAAUAUUAUUAAAGAUGAAAAUCAACCAUAUUGGAAACUAAGAGAAAUUAGUCAAUGCAAAAAGAAAAGAUGA